GCCCGAGCUGGUGCUUCCACGCGACUCAGCGCCCGGCCCGCCGCCCAGAGGAGCCGCGUCUCUGCCCGCGCCCGCGCCCCGCCGCGUCUCCGCAUCUCCCGCCGUCUGCUUGCCAGUUCGAGUCCGCCGUCCAGGCCCCCACACCCAGCACCAUGAACCAAGUCGAGCCCGGCGUGCAGUACAACUACGUGUACGACGAAGAUGAGUACAUGAUCCAGGAGGAGGAGUGGGACCGCGACCUGCUGCUGGACCCCGCCUGGGAGAAGCAGCAGCGGAAGACGUUCACUGCCUGGUGUAACUCCCACCUCAGGAAAGCUGGCACCCAGAUCGAGAACAUCGAGGAGGACUUCAGGAAUGGCCUGAAGCUCAUGCUGCUGUUGGAAGUCAUCUCAGGGGAAAGGCUGCCCAAACCUGACCGAGGAAAAAUGCGAUUCCACAAAAUUGCCAAUGUCAACAAAGCCUUGGAUUACAUAGCCAGCAAAGGCGUGAAGCUGGUGUCCAUCGGGGCUGAAGAGAUUGUCGACGGCAACGUGAAGAUGACCCUGGGCAUGAUCUGGACCAUCAUCCUCCGCUUCGCUAUUCAGGACAUCUCAGUCGAAGAAACCUCUGCCAAGGAAGGCCUGCUGCUGUGGUGCCAGAGGAAGACCGCUCCUUACAGAAACGUCAACAUUCAGAACUUCCACACCAGCUGGAAGGAUGGCCUCGGACUCUGUGCGCUCAUCCACCGGCACCGGCCUGACCUCAUUGACUACUCAAAGCUGAACAAGGAUGACCCAAUAGGCAAUAUUAACCUGGCCAUGGAAAUCGCAGAGAAGCAUCUGGAUAUUCCCAAAAUGUUGGAUGCCGAAGACAUUGUGAACACCCCCAAACCGGACGAAAGGGCCAUCAUGACGUACGUGUCCUGUUUCUACCAUGCUUUCGCGGGCGCGGAGCAGGCCGAGACAGCGGCUAACAGGAUAUGUAAGGUUCUUGCUGUGAAUCAAGAGAAUGAGAGGCUGAUGGAAGAAUAUGAGAGGCUAGCGAGUGAGCUUUUGGAAUGGAUCCGCCGCACGAUCCCCUGGCUGGAGAACAGGACCCCCGAGAAGACCAUGCAGGCCAUGCAGAAGAAGCUGGAGGACUUCCGGGACUACCGCCGCAAGCACAAGCCCCCGAAGGUGCAGGAGAAGUGCCAGCUGGAGAUCAACUUCAACACGCUGCAGACCAAGCUGCGGAUCAGCAACCGGCCCGCCUUCAUGCCCUCCGAGGGCAAGAUGGUGUCGGACAUCGCCGGGGCCUGGCAGAGGCUGGAGCAGGCGGAGAAGGGCUACGAGGAGUGGCUGCUGAACGAGAUCCGGAGGCUGGAGCGCGUGGAGCACCUGGCCGAGAAGUUCCGGCAGAAGGCGUCCACGCACGAGACCUGGGCUUACGGCAAAGAACAGAUCCUGCUGCAGAAAGACUACGAGUCGGCGUCGCUGACCGAGGUGCGGGCCCUGCUGAGGAAGCACGAGGCCUUUGAGAGCGACCUGGCCGCACACCAGGACCGCGUGGAGCAGAUCGCCGCCAUCGCUCAGGAGCUCAACGAGCUGGACUAUCAUGACGCCGUGAAUGUCAACGAUCGCUGCCAGAAGAUCUGUGACCAGUGGGACAGGCUGGGCACGCUGACGCAGAAGAGGAGAGAGGCCCUGGAGAGAACUGAGAAAUUGCUGGAAACCAUCGACCAGCUCCACCUGGAGUUUGCCAAGAGAGCCGCUCCUUUCAACAACUGGAUGGAAGGCGCCAUGGAGGACCUGCAGGACAUGUUCAUCGUGCACAGCAUUGAGGAGAUCCAGAGCUUGAUCACUGCCCACGAGCAGUUUAAGGCCACGCUGCCGGAGGCCGAUGGUGAGCGGCAGUCCAUCAUGGCCAUCCAGAACGAGGUGGAGAAGGUGAUUCAGAGCUACAACAUCCGGGUCAGCUCCAGCAACCCCUACAGCACUGUCACCAUGGACGAGCUCCGGACCAAGUGGGAGAAGGUGAAGCAGCUGGUGCCCAUCCGGGAUCAGUCCCUGCAGGAGGAGCUGGCCCGCCAGCACGCCAACGAGCGCCUGCGGCGCCAGUUUGCCGCCCAGGCCAACGCCAUCGGGCCCUGGAUCCAGAACAAGAUGGAGGAGAUUGCCCGGAGCUCCAUCCAGAUCACAGCAUCCCUGGAGGACCAGAUGAAUCAGCUGAAGCAGUACGAGCACAACAUCAUCAACUAUAAGAACAACAUUGACAAGCUCGAGGGAGACCACCAGCUCAUCCAGGAGGCCCUGGUCUUCGACAACAGGCACACAAACUACACCAUGGAGCACAUUCGUGUCGGAUGGGAGCUGCUGCUGACGACCAUUGCCAGAACCAUCAACGAGGUGGAGACGCAGAUCCUGACGAGAGAUGCCAAGGGCAUCACCCAAGAGCAGAUGAACGAGUUCAGAGCCUCCUUCAACCACUUCGACCGGAGGAAGAAUGGCCUGAUGGAUCAUGAGGAUUUCAGAGCCUGCCUGAUUUCCAUGGGCUAUGAUUUGGGUGAGGCCGAAUUUGCCCGCAUCAUGACCCUGGUGGAUCCCAAUGGACAGGGCACUGUCACCUUCCAGUCCUUCAUCGACUUCAUGACCAGAGAGACAGCCGACACCGACACAGCUGAGCAGGUCAUCGCCUCCUUCCGCAUCCUGGCAUCUGAUAAGCCCUACAUCCUGGCGGAGGAGCUGCGGCGCGAGCUGCCCCCGGAUCAGGCGCAGUACUGCCUGAGCCGCAUGCCCGCCUACAAGGGCCCGGGCUCGGUGCCCGGCGCGCUGGACUACGCUGCCUUCUCCUCCGCGCUCUACGGGGAGAGUGACCUGUGAGCCCGCCGUGCCAGCUCGGCCCGCCCCCGGCCCCGCCCACGCAGUGGAAACUGACCAGCCUCGUUCAGUGAAGGGAAAGGCUUCCCCGUUUAGUAGUGGCCGGCAAUGUAACACCGCUGAAGUUCAGUUUCUACGGCUUAGGACGCAGUGUGCUUCAUAAAUAGGAUUCUUUAUUUCUGAAUUGUUAGCUACAUGCAAUGAAAUAUCAGCGUUUUUUGUUUCUUUGAUAAACAAAGCAAAUUACUUGAGUAGUAUAAACUUAGGAGGAGCUAGGGACAGGAACAAAGUGUAAGAUGGGAAAUUCCAAAAUACCCAAGAUUUAAGACCAGGAAAAAAUAUUGGUAAAUAAAUGUUUGAUAUCUUUAAAAAUAUUCUUGUAUCUAAUAUGCUUAUGUGAUUUUCACCAGGGAAAUAUAUUUAGGAUAUCAGUGUUUUACUUUCUUGCUUAUCCAAAGAUUAGCAAUAUUUAAGUAUAAAUGGUACUAUUGUCUCUUCAGCUGAAUUUAAUAUUGUGAGGUAGGACUUCCAGGGAAUAGAACCAGGCUAUUGGAAAUAUCUUUAGUACUUAAAAAAGUUUAAAUAGAGAUUAUAGUCAACUCUUCGUUGUUUAGGAGUCUGCAGUCCAGUUAGUGGAUUUCGAUGCCUUAUUCAUCCUCUAAAGUAGAGACCUCAGGAAACACAGCAGUCGGUCUGAUUGCCAGAGAGGAAGAUGGAAUCACUAGGUAAAACGAGAUUUUUAGAAUUAAGUAUUGAUUUCAGGUUUCUGUGCCUUUGCUUAUUAGUAUAGGUUCUCGAGAAAUGACUGUAGGUACAUGUUCUGUCUGGAAAUAAACAGGUGUUUGUAGUAAUAGUUCCUAACAGGGGAUGGGUCAGAAACCAGCACCCUGAUCGAUCACUCACCAGGCCAAACUUCUUCAUGCCUUUGGUUUUCUUACCUGGAGAAGGAGUUAGUAGGGAAGGGCUUAUUCUUAGCAGUAGCAGAGAUAAGUUCUCUAAUUGCAGAGCCGUUACAAAUUUUGGACAGAUUCAUUUUGUGUAGUAGGAAUGACUAGAUGCUUUUGCCAGCACUGGGCGCGUGGUCACUGCUGUGCUUGCAUGCUGAUCCGAUGAGCGCUGCGCCUGGCACCGUCCACACCUGAAACCCGUUACAGAGGACGCCACACGUGCUCCCAGCCUCGUCUGAUCUCUCGGACGUCCGUUUGCUCCAGUGCUUGAGCUGCCAUGCGCUACUGACUCCCCUCUCUGUUUCUGUCUUGUUGGCAGCUUGUGGAGAAUAAAGCAGGAAUUCUGUUUUUA